AGAGGACUGGCCAACAUGCACAACUUCCGCAGCCUCCUGGCCCGUCUGCUGCUGCCGCUGCUACUGCUGGGGGCUGCCAUGGGCCCUGCCGGAGCCCUCAGUGAUGAUGAAAAACACGUGAUGGUGGAGCUGCACAAUCUCUACCGAUCCCAGGUGUCCCCACCGGCCGCCAACAUGCUGCAAAUGAGGUGGGACGAGGAGCUGGCCGCCUUCGCCAAGGCCUAUGCGCAGCAGUGCGUGUGGGGCCACAACAAGGAGCGCGGGCGUCGCGGCGAGAACCUGUUCGCCAUCACGGACGAGGGCCUGGACGUGCCGCUGGCCAUGGAGGAGUGGCACCACGAGCGCGAGCACUACAACCUCAGCGCCGCCACCUGCGCCACAGGCCAGAUGUGCGGCCACUACACGCAGGUGGUCUGGGCCAAGACAGAGAGGAUUGGCUGUGGUGCCCACUUCUGUGAGAAGCUCCAGGGCGUUGAGGAGACCGAUAUCCACUUGCUGGUUUGCAACUAUGAGCCCCCGGGGAACGUGAAGGGGCAGAGGCCCUACCAGGAGGGAACUCCAUGCUCCCAAUGUCCCUUGGGCUACCACUGUGAAAACUCCCUGUGUGAACUCAUCAGAGGCCCGGAAGAGGCUCAGGAUUUGCCUUACCUAGUAACUGAGGCCCCAUCUUCCCUGGCAACAGAAGCCUCAGGCUCUAGGAAAGAGGGUAUCACUUCUUCCUUAGCAACGGAAACUCCAUCCUUCUUGGUAACAGAGGUCUCAGGCUCCCUGGCAACAAACGCUCUACCUGCUGUAGAAACCAAGGCCCCAUCUUCCUUAGUAACAGAAGACUCCCCUUCCAUGGCAACAGAGGCUCCACCUUCCUUAGCAACUGAGGUCCCUUCCUUUUUGGCAACUCACAGCCUACUCUACUUGGAUGAGAGACCGGCUACCCUCCCCAAAUCAACCCAUGAUCCUACCCCCAAAUCAGCAGAUAAAGAGGCCAGCAGUACAAGAAUGCCCUCCAGGAGCCCAGAGAGUUCUCUGCAGCCCAAGAUGUCCUUGACGGGGACAUGGGAGCCGCUACCCCACUCCCAGGAGGAGGGCGAGGCUGAGGCCGAGUCGCCUCAUUCCAGUGAGACCUUGGCCUCAGUUUUUCCAGCGCAGGACAAGCCAGGUGAGCUGCAGGCCACACUGGAGCACAAGGGACACACCUCCUCCAAGUCCCUGUCCAACUCCCCCAGUGCCUCUGCCACCGCUAAUGCCAUGGGUGGGCGUACCCUGGCCCUGCAGUCCUCCUUGCCAGGUGCAGAGGGCCCUGAAAAGCAUGGCAUCAAGUCAGGGUUGAACUCGAGCCCUGGGCACGGCUGGGGCCUCCUCCUGGGACUGCUGCUACUGCCUCCCCUGGUGCUGGCUGGAAUCUUCUGAAGGGGUCAUCACUCAAAGGCAAGGCCUCAUGGGGGGGACCCUAGCCUCAUGCCCACUCUGGAUUGUCUUUCUCCAAUAAGAGACCACAGCUUCCUGGAAGGUCCUCUCUGUGGCCCAGCAGCCCCCUUCACCCCAGCCAGACUCCAGGCCAGAGGCCUUGUGCCCUCAGGAGGCCUCGACAGGGACAAUCCUUGGCACUGCCCCAGGAUGCCUCUGCCUUUGGGGAGGUCCACCCCUCAGCCAGCUGCAGCUUGUUCUGAGCAGUGUUCCUGUGGCCUAUGCCCACUCUCCAGCUGUCCUGUGGCCACAGUCCUGCUCUUCCAGGGACAGAAGAUCGCAGGGCUUCCCAGGAACCCCUCAGCCCCUUCCAGU